AAAAAAUCCUUGCCCAAAAUGUCGACCGCACUCAGCUAUACGGUUGAAUAGCCAAAAGUGCAACUGUUUCACAAUGACGCUUGCCAGCGAGGAAGACGCUGCGGCCUGUGCGGAGGUGCAGGAAAAGCCGGAUAGCAGCAACACCGCAACUGUAGCUUGUGCUCCUGUCGAGGCCGAGGUAGAGAAUGACGCGAAGGAGCUUGCGCACGAGGAACUUGAGGGCGCGGCCGAUGCAGACGAUGCGAAGCCCAGGUAUAGAUACUGUAGGUACUUGCACGUUUUCAGGUGCAAAGGGAUAUAAUGCCAGGAACUAAUUGUAUGAAUGUUUGCAAGAAAUAGAAAAGCAAAAGCAGCUGCUCGAUGCGGCUACUAGCGCUAGGAAGCUUUAUCAAAAUCGGCCCUCCUGCUCCCCUACAGCACACACCCUGCGGCUGAAACGGAGGAUGACCCACCUCCGGGCAAUUCUGGUGAAACGAAAGACACUCCUGUGCGCACUUCUCCGGGCGCCGACUUCCUUCUCGAGGAGGAUGACGAGGAGCACCUGGCGCUGGACGGAGAUAACCCACCGCAAGACGUCGACGAGAAUGAGAUGGAUGACGACGACGAUAUGUUGAUGCAGGCAGGCGCGGAAGAGGACGGAGUUGGCGCAGUAGACGGAGAAAAUGAGCAAGAAGAUGGGUCGUCGCCCUCGCUCAAGCGGUCCGCGUCUUCGCCGAUUCUGUACUACCCGGAGGACGAGCGCGCUGCCAACCGGUCUCUCGUCAGUCAGCGCCUGCAGAGUUUGUCACGCCCCAGAGACCGGGACGCUGCGAGGGUUUCCAUGACGGAAAAGAUGCACAUCCCAGAUGAUGCCACGCCAAAAGUAGUUCUAACUUUAACUUCACCGAUUUUUCGUGCUCGUAGUUCUUCGGCGCACACGAAGACUAUGAAAAAAGAUCGACGUUGCAUUUUGAUUUCAACAUCUGGAAGAUGAAACAUACGAAACACUUCAGCUUCAUUUCUCGUGUGGUCAUUGCAACUGCGACGACCCUCUCUUCCUAAAAAAAAAAUCACAGCGUCCCACUCCGCAUGUGCGCCCCAGCCUCCUGGUUCGUGUUCGGCCCCAGAAUCUCGAGGAGGAGGAAACCAAAUUUUUCGCUUCCGGCUGCACCAUAGACCCGCAGUUUGAGUACGCCUAUCCACGGGACCAAGUCGCGAAACUGUUCGAAAAGAACAGCGACAUCGACACGAGUUUGAUGCCCGAGUCGAAGCGGAUUCUGGAGAAGACCCUGCAGAAGUUCAAGGACGGCGACGAUUACAUGGCACAACUGCACGGCACCGACCACUACGAACCCGAUGAGCUGCGGGAGUUCGUGCUCGACUAUCUCCGGGAGUUGAAACUGGAGGACAAAGUCAGUUUGAAAAUUACCAAAGCCGGGCUGGCCGCUGCGUGCUGUACGAAAAACUUCAUCGACGGCCGGAAUUGCUACGAGAUAUCGCUCUCGUCCGGCAGCAUGUCCAAGGUGAUGGCGCAGGGGAUCUGCGACCACGAGAUCGGCACACAUCUGCUCCGCAUGAUGAACGAAGACUUGCAGGCCUGGAGCAACCUGAACGGGGUCGGGAAUCGGAAGCGGUUUGGACUGCAUCUGAACCCCUGGAUCACGGAGGAGGGCUUCGCAACGCUGAAUACGUUUUUCACGUUCAAGAUCAAACUCCUAUACCCCCAAGCGAUGCGCUACUACGCGGUCUGUCGCGGGACGCAAUUAGGGUUCGCCGCGCUUUUCCGCGAGAUGGAACCCUACGUCCCGGACGAGCGGAAAAGGUUCCGGCUGUGCUGUCGCGUGAAACGCGGGCUGCACAACACGGGAAAUCGCGGCAGCUUCUACAUCGACCAGGCGUAUUUCCUGGGCGCGGUGCAGAUUUUGAGGCGGCUUCACGAGAUCCCGGACCUGUCGGUGCUGUACGCGGGGCAGGUAUGAUGUUUUUAGGUUUUCAUGCGGCAGCUGUCUCUAUGUGUGAGUGUGGCAGUCGGAGUCGCGCGGCUUUGUGUUCGUGAUGAAAACAUGCUUUCCAUCGUUUCGACGCACGAUAAGAAAUCUCGAAAAUACGACUCCACCAGAUCGCCCUGCAAGAGAUCGAUAAGGUGUAUUUUUUGAUGCGACGAGAGUUGAUGAAGCUCCCGCACUGGUUGCGGUCUCCGAAGAAAACCCGGGAGUGGUUUGAGCACGCGCAGCAACUCAUCGAGGAGAACGAGCUGACGCAUCUCCUCCCGAAGAACAGCGAGGGAAGGCAAGUGAAGGAGAUUUUUCUCCGCAAGAACCCCCGCGGCGCGGCCAACAUGCGCCAAACACUCCCGGCGAAAAGCGUCGAGCUCGGCGGAAGUUCCGCCUCCACCUCGAUGAACAGCACGACAACAGCCGGCGUCGAUCCUCGCGGUCGCCGACGCGCCGCUAGCAUGGACAACACCGCGGGCGGGGGCGCGACAGCAUCAAAAUCGUUCCGCGACACCAACAUGACGGAACAAUCGGCGAAAGCGAAAUCUUCCUCGCCAACCCGACUUAACCGACCCUUUCCCCCGAAAAGAACCGAAUCCGAGCAGGAGGAUGCGAUGCGCCGCCUCACCGACGGUCGCGGCAGCACCACGGGAGGCCGGAUGCGGGCUGCCGCACAGGCGAUUUUACAGUCCAACGAAGCGGAGCGAAACUCGAGAUCGGUCGAUUUGAACCGCUUGACGAACCUUGCGCAACCGCGAGCGAAAACCGACAAGGUCGAGAGUGAAGACGCGUCGCUGCCACCAACCAGCUCUUUUGCCGGAAGUUCCUCUUCCUCCUCCAAUCCCGCACGGCUGCGCGACUUGGCAAAGCCGAAAGCGACCGCUCCAUUCGCUUUCGCGCCAGAGCCUGCAACAGAAAAGGCAGUGAAAACUACGAAGUCGGUAAAUAAACCGAAACGGAAGAAGUCGUCCAAAGGUGCGAAUGUAGAGCAAGCGGGAGUUGAAAGUGAAGAUCCACCGUCUGCAUCCUCCUCAACUACGGAAAACUUCAACACAAGCAGACCACAGAAGGGAGAGUCCUCCUCCUCCUCUUCUUCGAGCCCACACGGAAAAAGUCCUACUUCGCGGGUCGUCAUGUCUGCUCCGAAGAGCCCGGGUUCGCUGCGCAGUCCGACGAUGAGCAACCGCGGGAGCCCGGCGGCACGGGCCUUGCUCUCAUCUCCAAGUGCGCGGUCGCCGACCAGUGGAUUGCCUUUGCGGAGUUCACCCAGCACCUUGCGACAGCAGCAGUUUGAAUACGAUCACCAACUGUCUUCCUCCUCGUCUGGGGAAGAAGCGGAGGCAGUCGAUGGAAGGAACGGAACGACUGCGGAAGUACCAGACAAAUCAUCUUUGGUUGCUGUAGACAAAGGCACAUGCGGAGCUUUUGAUGCAAAUGCCACUCAAAAACUGCAGCUGCCACUCGCUGUGACCGAUCCAGAUCAGCAGGAGCGAACUAGGUCUCGUAACAACACAACUCUAACGGAGCUGACCAUCGAUGAAGAGUUUAUACAGGACGACCCCAUGAAUUCCCCGGUUGCGCGUCACCGGGAGCCGAUAUUGCAACAGAAAGACAAACCCAUUUCCGUGGACGAGCUGCUGGAAAAGCACAGUCCCACGAAAGCGGCAAAGGACCUCGCGGCACAGGUGCUGGAAGAGACAGGCGCUGUCAAAUCUCGACCCUUUAGCAGCCAGUCGAACUACACAACUUCGGCGGCGUCGGCGUCAUCCGCAGACGAAGAGAACAGUUGCUCCCUGUCAUUUGCCGCGGAGGAUCACGUUGCGGCGGAACAGACGAGGCAGCGGCAAAAAAUAGAAGAGGCUGGUGGGGGUGCAGGAGCAACUUCUACCUUCGCAAAUCGGCAAGAUGUAGUAGUUCCUGGCGAGGAACAGUAUCUCACCGUGGUUGCGGAUAAGCGAGGUCGGGAACCGCUGCCGCGACGAGCGGGAUGGCAACCUGUGCCCGUGUCCAAGGAUGUUUUUCCCACCGUCGGGAAGGAGGGCGAGGGUAUAGUUCUCGGUCAUUUCUUUCGAAUCAAUGCGUUUUCGCCACAGGAAUGUCAAGUUUUUUUUCCUGGACGCUGGCACGACAUAGCAUUGACUCUGAGUUUGCUUUCUCUCACCGUGAAAACUAGGUGACUUGUCCGCCGCCUCUGUUGCAUCAAGCUCCCUAAAUACAACGACUCGGGCUCCCCCACCCGGAGCAGAAGCUCCUUCCACUACACUAUCUUUGCCCCUUGGUGUCGCGGUCGCUAACCACAAUUCUACCCGAGGGCGUGGUGGGAUGUUGAGUGGCAAUACCCGGGACCACCAGCACCACGACGUAGCGCUCGGAAAGAACAACUUCUUCCAGCAGGAGCAGCGGCCAACGUCUUCGCCAGUAUCGUCGCGUGAGCGCAUACGAGCAAAAUCUGGUGAGGUGAAUCUGAACACCAAACUGCCCAUGCUCGUUUCGCAGGCAAACAGUACGGAUUUGACACCGCUUCCACCGUCCAGCUCUGGUCGCCCGAUUUCCGCGAAAAUCGCUUCCGCCAAGCGGCGCGCCGCGUCGACCAAACCCGGCGGCGGAAAUCAAAAUGAGUACCACACCGCGAAUGGCAACACCGCGGUGUCGCAGAUUUUGCGGCGUUCCUUGGCGCGGCCGAACCAGGCGGACGCGAUUCUGUCGAACCAGCUGCGCGGCACGGAUAACGUGAUGUACGCUCACACCGUGGACGACGCCUCGCCCCCCCGGGGACGGUCGCAAGUACGCGGUGGUCAGGGCCAGCCAGCACCGCCGCCCCGCCCCCCACCGAGGACAAAAGCAGCGCUUAAGGUGAAAACGAUUGAACUUAUGCUGUGACACAGAUAAACAAAUAAAAACCCAAUUUCGACGUAAUAUCUCAACGAACCCCGAACACUAGUCGUGUCUUUAUCUUAUGCACAAUGAAUUUUCACACAAAUUAAGGCACAGAUACGUGAACAAUGUCAGAUUCAAUAUAAUCAACACCCAGUUUAGUACUGUACGGUAUCGGCACCAUCGGAGUUUCAGACUUUCGUAUCGCUUUUAGUUUUUCAAUUUCAAACGUACGUGUUUCCGUUUCGACGUGUGAACAAACGAAAGCAAAAGCGGAUCAUGUAAAAAGUAGUCCUGGUGAUUCACUGUAGACGUUAAUGUUUCAGGCGCCUCCGGCGAGCCAAUGAGAAUGAACUUCACGUAGAUCAUUGUUUCCGAACGUCACCAACAAA